UCUAGUAGCGGCCAGCCAUUCCACUGAAUCACAGCUUCCGUGGCCUGCUGGAAUUGUUGGCAAUGGCUCCGUGGCACAAAAGUGAUAAGAAGGUUGGAGUGGCAAUCUACAAUUUCAGUGCUGCAAGAGUGCCACAGUUAUCUCUGCAUAUUGGUGAUGUAGUCCAUAUACUGGAAGACUGUGAAGAUUGGUACAAGGGAUACCUUGUAAGACAUAAAGGCACAACGGGAAUAUUUCCAAAAUCUUUCAUCCACAUCAAAGAAAUUACCGUUGAGAAAAAAAGAAAUGUAGAAAAUAUAAUACCUGCCGAGAUUCCUUUGGUGCAAGAAGUUACCUGUACACUUUGGGAAUGGGGCAAUAUCUGGAAGCAACUCUAUGUGGCGAACAAACAGGAACGCUUCCGGCAGGUACAAUCUCUGAUGUGUGAGUUAAUGGAGUGGAGGUCACAGCUCCUCUCGGGGACAUUGCCCAAAGAUGAGCUCAAAGAACUGAAACAAAAAGUCACUUCCAAAAUUGACUAUGGCAACAAGAUUCUUGAGCUAGAUCUGAUAGUUAGAGAUGAAGAUGGGAAUAUCCUGGACCCAGACAAGACCAGUGUCAUUAGCCUCUUUCAUGCUCAUGCCGAAGCGACUAACAAAAUCACAGAACGAAUUAAAGAGGAGAUGUCGAAGGAUGAACCUGAUUAUGGAACCUACUCCCGGAACCCUUCGUCCCCCACCCACAGCCUUUAUGUCUUCGUUAGAAAUUUUGUCUGCCGAAUAGGAGAAGAUGCUGAACUUUUCAUGUCUCUUUAUGAUCCCCAGAAACAUAUAAUUAUAAGUGAGAAUUACUUGGUGAGAUGGGGGAGCAAAGGUUUUGUCAAAGAAAUUGACAAUUUCAACAAUCUGAAAGUGGUUUUCACUGAUCUUGGAAACAAAGAUCUUGGAAGAGACAAAAUUUACUUGAUUUGUCAGAUUGUACGUGUUGGAAGAAUGGAUCUCAGAGACACUAACACUAGAAAAUAUACUCAGGGCAUAAGACGGCCUUUUGGAGUGGCAGUAAUGGAUAUUACAGACAUCGUAAAAGGAAAAGCAGAAAGUGAUGAAGAGAAGCAACAUUUCAUCCCUUUUCAUCCAGUGUCGGAGAAUGAGUUUUUGCAUAAUCUCUUAAGCAAGGUCACAGCAUUCAAAGGUGAUAGUGGAGGACAAGGACUGUGGGUAACUAUGAAAAUGCUUGUGGGAGACAUUACUCAAAUUAGGAAGGAUUACCCACAUCUUGUUGACAGAACAACAGUAGUUGCUAGGAAGCUUGGCUUUCCUGAAAUAAUCAUGCCAGGUGAUAUAAGAAAUGACAUCUACAUUACCUUGCUGUAUGGAGACUUGGAUAAAUAUAAUAAAACCACUCAGAGAAAUGUAGAAGUCAGCACAUGUGUCUGUGAUGAAGAAGGGAAAGUGAUACCAAAUGCAAUUUGUUUAGGAGCUGGGGACAAGCCCGUGAGUGAAUACAAAUCUGUUGUCUACUACCAAGUCAAGCAGCCCCGCUGGAUGGAGACAUUAAAGGUAGCACUCCCCAUUGAGGACAUGCAAAGAAUUCACUUGCGCUUUACGUUCAAACAUCGGUCAUCUCAGGAGUCUAAAGACAAAGGAGAAAAGAAUUUUGCAAUGGCCUUUGUGAAGUUAAUGAAGGAAGAUGGGACAACUUUACUAGAUGGUUUUCAUGACCUGGCAGUUCUAAAGGGGGAUAGUAAGAAAAUGGAAGAUGCCAGCUCUUACUUGAGCCUCCCUUCCCUACGCCAUCACGUAGAACCUAGAAGCUCAACCUUAAGUCGGAGUUCAAGCAGUGUAGGAGGGCUCUCAAUAAGCUCAAGAGAUUCCUUUGCUAUUUCAACUCUUGUUUGUUCGACCAAGCUAACUCAAAAUGUGGGUUUGCUGGGCCUUUUGAAGUGGCGCAUGAAGCCAGAGCUUUUGCAGGAAAACUUAGAAAAACUGAAGAUUGUGGAUGGUGAAGAAAUUGUGAAGUUCCUCCAAGACACUUUAGAUGCCCUGUUUAAUAUCAUGAUGGAACAUUCUCACAGUGAUGCAUAUGACAUCCUUGUCUUUGAUGCACUGAUUUAUAUAAUAGGACUCAUUGCAGACAGGAAAUUUCAGCAUUUCAACACUGUCCUGGAGGCUUACAUACAGCAACACUUCAGUGCGACUUUAGCCUACAAGAAGCUAAUGACAGUUUUGAAGACUUACUUAGAUACCUCCAGCAGAGGAGAACAUUGUGAACCUAUCCUAAGAACCCUGAAAGCUCUGGAAUAUGUGUUCAAGUUCAUAGUUCGGUCAAGGACUUUGUUUUCACAGCUAUAUGAAGGCAAAGAACUGACUGAAUUUGAAGAAGCCAUGAGGAGGCUUUUUGAAUCAAUCAAUAACGUGAUGAAAAGUCAACAUAAAACAGCCAUUUUAUUACAGGUGGCUGCCUUGAAGUAUAUCCCAUCUGUUCUCCAAGAUGUAGAAACAGUGUUUGAUGUCAGAUUACUUAGCCAGCUCUUGUAUGAAUUUUACACUUGCGUUCCAGCAGAAAAGCUACAGAAGCAAAAAGUGCAGUCCAUGAAUGAAAUAGUACGGAGCAACCUCUUUAAAAAGCAAGAAUGCAGAGACGUGCUGCUCCCUGUCAUUACCAAAGAACUGAAGGAAUUACUGGGUCCAAGGGAAGAGACACAGAUGCUGCUCCAAGAGAAGAAGUAUUGUGUCGAAUUACUCAACAGCAUCCUGGAAGUUCUCAGCUGUCAAGAUGCAGUGUCAACGUAUCAACACAUACAGGAAAUAAUGAUCCACUUGCUUCGCACUAUAAACAGGACUGUCAUUAGUAUGAAUAGAGAUGAUGCCUUAAUUAGUCAUUUUGUGGCCUGCAUGACAGCAAUAUUGGACCAAAUGGAUGACCAACAUUACUCUUCAUACAUUGAAACUUUUCAAACAAGCUCAGAGCUAGUGGACUUUUUAAUGGAAACCUUCAUAAUGUUUAAAGAUCUAAUUGGAAAAAAUGUCUAUCCCUUGGACUGGAUGGCCAUGAGUAUGGUGCAGAACAGAGUAUUUCUAAGAGCCAUCAACAAAUUUUCUGAGACUAUGAACCAGAAGUUCCUAGAAAACAUGAACUUUGAAGAACAACUGUGGAACAACUAUUUUCAUCUUGCAGUGGCUUUUAUCACCCAGGAUUCCUUGCAGCUAGAACAAUUCUCCCAUGCAAAGUGCCUUAAGAUCUUGAACAAAUAUGGAGACAUGAGACGCUUAAUUGGCUUUGCUAUCCGUGAUAUGUGGUACAAACUUGGGCAGAAUAAAAUCCGCUUUAUUCCAGGGAUGGUUGGACCAAUCCUAGAAAUGACCCUUAUCCCUGAAGCUGAGCUACGGAAAGCCACCAUCCCAAUCUUCUUUGACAUGAUGCUGUGCGAACAUAGAAACACUGGAGAAUUCAAAAAGUUUGAAAAUGAAAUUAUUUUAAAAUUGGAUCAUGAAGUGGAAGGAGGCCGUGGAGAUGAACAGUACCUGCAUUUGUUUGAGUCAAUACUCAUAGAAUGUUCCUCACGUAACACGAAGAUUGCCAAAACAGUCGAAACAUUUGUAAGCCUAGUAAAAGGUCUUUUAGAAAAGCUGCUGGAUUACCGUGCUGUGAUGAACGACGAAAGCAAGGACAAUCGUAUGAGCUGCACCGUGAAUUUAUUGAAUUUCUACAAGGAGAUAAAUCGUGAAGAGAUGUAUAUAAGGUACUUGUAUAAACUUCGAGAUCUCCAUUUAGACUGUGAGAACUUCACUGAGGCUGCAUAUACGCUUCUUCUACAUGCCUGGCUUCUUAAAUGGUCUGAUGAACAGUGCACUCCUCAAGUCAUGCAAACAGAAUUUCAGAGUUCACAAACACAUCGGCACCUAAAAGAGCACUUGUAUCAGAUGAUAAUAGAGUACUUUGACAAGGGAAAGAUGUGGGAAGAAGCAAUAUCCUUAUGCAAAGAACUGGCAGAGCAAUAUGAACUGGACAUUUUUGAUUACGAACUUCUAAGCCAGAACCUGACUCAGCAAGCAAAAUUCUAUGAAAACAUCAUGAAAAUUCUGAGGCCUAAACCAGACUACUUUGCUGUUGGAUAUUAUGGACAAGGGUUCCCCACAUUCCUAAGGAACAAAGUGUUCAUCUAUCGUGGCAAGGAAUAUGAGCGGAGAGAAGAUUUUCAAGCACAGUUGAUGAGCCAUUUUCCAAAUGCCGAAAAAAUGAAUACUACUGCACCCCCUGGAGAGAAUAUCAAAAAUUCUGCUGGUCAAUAUAUACAGUGCUUCACAGUACAGCCAGUUUUGGAAGAACAUCCCCGGUUCAAAAAUAAGCCAGUGCCUGAUCAGAUAAUCAACUUUUAUAAGUCUAACUAUGUGCAAAGAUUCCACUAUUCAAGACCAGUCAGAAAAGGGUCCGUUGACCCUGAAAAUGAAUUUGCUUCUAUGUGGAUUGAGAGGACAUCCUUUUUUACGGCUUACAAACUCCCUGGAAUCCUGCGUUGGUUUGAGGUCGUCUCUAUGUCACAGACUACAAUUAGCCCACUGGAGAAUGCCAUCGAAACAAUGUCUAUGGCCAAUGAGAAGAUUCUGGCCAUGAUUAAUCAGUACCAAAGUGAUGAGACCCUUCCCAUAAACCCUCUGUCCAUGCUUCUGAAUGGAAUUGUUGAUCCAGCAGUUAUGGGAGGGUUUGCUAAAUAUGAGACGGCUUUCUUCAUAGAUGAGUACAUCAGGGACCACCCUGAGGAUCAUGAGAAACUAAACAGACUUAAAGAUCUGAUUGCUUGGCAGAUUCCAUUUCUUGGGGCUGGAAUUAAGAUUCAUGAGAGGAGGGUUUCAGACAGCCUUCGUCCUUUCCAUGAACGCAUGGAGGAGUGUUUCAGGCACUUGAAGGCCAAAGUGGAGAAACAGUAUGGGGUCAGAGAAUUGCCGGAUUUUGAUGACAGGCGACUAGGUCGACCAACAUCUAUGCUGAGAUCGUAUCGUCAGAUGUCUAUCAUUUCAUUGUCCUCCAUGAAUUCAGAAUGUAGUACUCCAAACAAGAUUGCUGCAGAAAGCUUUGAACUGGAAGUGAUGUCACCAAAGGCAACCAAGUCGGUCUCGGAAGAGAAUGUACGCCUGAUAAGCACCCAGCCUGAAGUUAAGUUGAGAAGAGGUAGGAGGAGAGGAAAGAGAAGCAGCGUGGUAUUUGCAGAUGAAAAAGUGUCUUCUGAACUUCCUGAUAUGAAAUGUCUGUCAAGAAAAUAUGAAUUUAUGAGUGACACCAACCUUUCUGAACAUCUGGACGUACCUCAGAAAACAUCUGUUCUCAAACAAAUGAGCUUUGCCAGCCGUUCUAUGCCAACCAUACCAGGCUUAACUAUGUCAGUGUGCUACCCAGCACCUGAGGAAACAAAUGCAUCACAGAGGAUGAGCCAGGCAAGCAUCCCUCCCAUCUUGGAAGUCGACAGGAAAACUGUAAAAAAGAAGAAAAUGAACCAUAUCUUCAAAACAAUAUGCAAGCCCAAGCAACUUGAAGAUGUGAAACAUACUAGUGAGCGGCAAUCUGAUUUAUCGGACCUGUGAAUAAAUCCCUUGAGUUGGAAGAGAAGUCAUUUCCUAGCAAAUGGAAAAACAACAUUCUAAAACUGGAGAUAAGGACUGGCUUAAGGGAACUUUCAUAAUACAUAUAAAUCACUUUUACUGUCUACUGUUUUAAUCAAAGCAUAAUAAUAAUUAUAAUUGCUGUUGUAUUCCUUAAUACACAAACUAGGGUGCAAUAGGGAAUUGUUGUUAAUCUACAGACUGGGUCAGAGGCUCAGCCUUCCGAGAAUCCUAUGUAUGUGAUUGGUCACUGGAGCAAGCAUGCACCUCCACUGUGCAUAGAACAUAAUGCGACACUGAUCACAUGCCCUUAACCUGAAUUCUGACUCUUCAGCAUUUUAUUUGCACUUUACAUAUAAAUACCAUAUCUUGGCAGAUAUGUGCUUGCUUCUGUACUCCUCUGCACAUACAGGGUUCCUGAAAGGCUGGCCUUGUAAACAAGGUCUUAGUGAGUUGAUUGAUCUGGUAAAUUUCCAAUGAGUUUUAAGGCCUGACUGAAAUCAUGCUUAUUCUUAUUAUAGAGGUUCACUAUAAUCCAUGAAAGCAGUCAAAGAACAUAAAGUUGUCUCAGUGUAUAUUUGAUUCCCCCCUCAACAAAUAAUAACUUUUUAUAUUUGAAACUAUUUUUCCAAAGUUUUAUCUGUAUGAAAAUUCCUUUUGCAAUGCAAUCUUAUACAUGUUUACUCAGAAGUAAAUUCUAUUGUACUCAGUGGAGCUUAGUCCCAGGGAAAUGUGGAUACAUUUGCAACCCUAUUUUCUUUCUAUUUGGUAGUGCUGUACUAUGUACUUCUCGUAAUUUAGCAAUCAGAUAUACAAUGUUUCCCCCCAUUUGCUCUGAAUUAUUUUUCCUGGAAUUUCUCCAAAUCCCUCCAAAUAUUGCAUAUUAAUCUCCUCUUACUGACAAUGGAAGUAACUCCUGCUACUCUGCAAAUAUAAUUGUGUUUGUCUUUCUGACGUGAUUAUGAAAUCCAUUCAGUUUGUUUGCACAAUGCUUUACCAGCCAAAAUACAGAGCCCAAACUAGCCAGCAUCAUGCUAAAAAUCAAAGAAAACAGUUUUAGAAAACAGUGUGAACAAUAAUUGGCUGAAGAUUCAAUAAACCUAUACACUUUCAACUCAAUACUUAAGAAAACUACAAUUCAGUUAACAAACAAUAUAUCCAUAAUAAGCAAUUCAUAAACAAUACAUCAGUAAACAAUAUGUCCUGCUUUGGCUGUUGCAGGCUCUAGAUGCAGUAGAAUUCAUAACAGAGGUGGUUUAAGCCCAGGCAGAGGUUAGUACACAGGCAGACAAGAGGAUCAGGAGCGGUCAAGUAAGAGGUCAAACACAAUAAAUCAGUAAGCAUUUUACACAGUCCAGAAGCAGAGUUCUUAGGCAGUCUAUAAGGUCAGUACAUUAGGCACAAUUCAGGAUACAAGGCAGGAUGGACCAAGUUGAUCCAACAAUGGCUGGUUUCUAGUGAAGGCUUUUAAGCCCAAAGCCUGCUGGACCCCACCUAGAGCUCAGCUGCAGUAAUCAGAGCUCUCUUUUCAGAGCUCUACUCCUGAGGAAUAAUUUUCUCCUGAAGAGACCUUUUCUGCAUGUGAGCUCUCCGUCAUACAGGAGCCCUAUUAACUUGUCGCUUGAGGCGACGAUGCUACCGGGGGUCAGGGAGUUGCUCAGCCUCUGCCUCUGAGGCAGAGUCCCUUUCUCCUGACAGGCAUGGCCCUGCAACACCUCUUCCAAGGCCUCAGGCUCCUGUGGGUCUGAAGACUGUCCCUGGUCUGGAGUAGCCUGAGCUUAUGGGGCCUCUAGCUCCUCCUCUGAGGAAGACUCCUCAAGUAGGGACAUGACACAGUAUGGGAAUAAAAACCAUAUUUUAGCAACAAAGGCAUUCACCAAUAUUAUACCAACUCCAGCAGCCAACAACGCAGACAUAUUGUAAAAGGGGACAAUGCCACCAUAGAGGUAGCAGAAGCCUAAGAGAAGAACUAGCUCUAGCAGAUCAAUGCAGCAUAGUUAGGGAGGUCAGAAGAAUCCAUCCAAGGAGCUCACAGAACUUUCAUUAGCUCAGCCCCCUGGACUUUGGCUCAUUUUCCCAUGAGCUGGCACAACUCGAUGCAGAUUGAGUUGGGUCAGCUGGAAGGUUUUGCUAGACUUUUUUUUUAAAAAAUGCAUAAAUAGAAAUGUGCACAAAUUACAGGCACAAAUUGCAUAAUUGACACAAAUUUUGGCUGUAAUUUGCAUAAGGUAAGCAACUUGUGACCAAAAUUUGUACGAAUUUCACAAUUUGUGGUUGGACUAUGUGUAAAGUAUGUAAUUUGCGACUGAAAUUUGCAGAAAUUAUACAAAUUGUGCCCUGUAGCAUGCUCAUAAGACAUUUUCAAUGCAUUUUGUUCAGGUUGGGGGAGGGUGGGGCAAAAUCCUGUCUCAGCCAUUCACCAGUCAUGAUGGUACUGGCAAGAUGACUUAAGAGUCAGCUGGUCUCAGGUGUAAAAGAAAGUCAGAGUGGACUGCAAAUGACACAGUCCCUCAUUUGGCUCCUUGGCUACUGCUUCUGUUGCCAGAGCUCCUAGCUGUGAUUGUGUGCCAAGUCUGAAGAGCGCUCACAGGGUUAAUAAUAAUAAAAAAUCUUUGUUUCACUGCCCCAGUACAAGAGUUUUGUUGUUUUUAAAAUGUUUAUUUCAUAAAUUGUCCAAUUUUUUUUCAGACAUCAAGAGUUGCAUUUUUAUUUGGGCUUACUAUAAAGUUUCACCACUUAAUCGCGUCAAAUAUCCAUUUGCUUUCACAGUUUCUGGAUGCUGCGUGCAACUGCACUGAUUUAAUAAACAAUGCCCAACUUGGGCCUUUAAAAUACA